AUGUUGAGUCCUUUGAUAGAUGAAAAGGAAGAAAGCAAUAAUAUUCCAAAGCAAAAAAACCAUCUAACACUUGCAAUUUCAGAAGCAAAAUGCAUUGGAAAUAUUGCAUUUCCAAUGAUAUUUACAGGCCUAAUUCUUUAUUCACGUUCAAUUAUUUCCAUGAUUUUUCUUGGUCAUUUAGGGGAACUUUCUUUAGCUGGUGGUUCACUUGCAAUUGGAUUUGCAAAUAUAACCGGUUAUUCAAUUCUUUCAGGUUUAGCCAUGGGAAUGGAACCAAUUUGCGGACAAGCUUUUGGUGCUAAAAGAUUCAACAUUUUAGGCCUUACAUUACAAAGAACUAUUCUUUUGCUACUUUUAACCUCAAUUCCCAUUUCAAUUUUGUGGCUAUUUAUGCAAAAACUCUUGAUUCUUUGUGGCCAAGAUCAUGAAAUUGCAAAUAUGGCACAAAAUUACAUUCUUUUUUCACUCCCUGAUCUUUUUGCUCAAUCACUUUUACACCCCCUAAGAAUUUAUCUUCGUUCACAAUCCAUCACAUUGCCUUUAACUUUUUGUGCUAUUUUUGCAAUUAUUCUUCACAUCCCAAUUAAUUAUUUCUUAAUCAAAAUUCUUAAUCUUGGGAUUAAAGGUGUUGCCUUAAGUGGGGUUUGGACAAAUUUCAAUCUUGUUGGAUCAUUAAUUAUUUAUAUUAUAUUUUCAAAGAUUUAUAAGAAAACUUGGAGUGGAAUUUCUUUAGAGUGUUUUAAGGGAUUGAAAUCACUUCUUAAUUUAGCAAUUCCAAGUUGUAUUAGUGUUUGUUUAGAGUGGUGGUGGUAUGAAAUUAUGAUUUUAUUAUGUGGGAUUUUAAUUAAUCCUCAAUCAACAGUUGCAUCAAUGGGAAUUUUAAUCCAAACAACAUCUUUAAUCUACAUUUUCCCAUCAUCAUUAAGCUUUGGUGUAUCAACAAGAGUUGGAAAUGAGUUAGGUGCUAAUCGUCCAAAUCGCGCUAAAUUAGCAGCUAUUAUUGGACUAUGUACAAGUUUCGUCUUGGGAAUCUCAUCCUUAUUUUUUGCUAUUCUGGUACGUAAUAUUUGGGCAAAAAUGUUCACUCAAGAUCAAGAAAUUAUGAAAUUAACCGCGAUGGUGUUACCUAUUAUAGGGCUUUGUGAACUUGGGAAUUGUCCACAAACAACAUGUUGUGGUGUGUUAAGAGGAACAGCUAGGCCUAAAUUAGGUGCUAAUGUUAAUUUAGGAUGUUUUUAUCUAGUUGGAAUGCCAAUUGCAAUUUGGUUAAGUUUUUUUAUGGGAUUUGAUUUUAAAGGAUUAUGGCUUGGAUUAUUAGCUGCACAAGGUUCAUGUGCUGUGACUAUGAUGUUAAUUAUAUUGGUUAAGACUAAUUGGGAAGAUCAAGCAAGAAGAGCAAAAGAACUUAUUAAUGGUGAUUGUGAUAAUCAAGAUGAAAAGAUAGAGGAUUAUUUGGAAUCAUUGGAUUAUCACAAGUUGGAAAAUUCAAAUGUUUGAUUUUUUAUUUUUUUUCAU